UGGAGCCCUCCAGGUGCUGUGUUCUUGGGGAGCAUCCAAAGGUUGCUCAGCAUCACUGUCCUACUGAUGGUUCUGCCCAGCUUUUCCUCUGUGGGUUGUGGAGGGGGAAAGUUUGAGCUGGAAGGGAGAAAACUCAUCCUGGGGGUAUCAAGGAGGUUUCAGUCAGUUCCAGGCCACCUCUGCCCAUCCAAGGGUGCAGUGUCAGACCUGCCACCAUGGCUGUCCCAUCCAGCUGGUGACUUCACUGCUGUGUCCAGAUAACCUUUUGUUGUCGCUCAAGGCCAUUACCAACAAUUUUAUUUCUUCCAGGUUCAAGCUCAGAGACUGGCCAGCAGCCUUCCAAGUAGCCCUGGCGUGGGGGCACUGAAAGCGGAUUGCAAAGCGACAGCCACGGACAGAUCAAGGAAAAGGAGACACUGAGGAAUGUGUCGAGGGCAACAGCCAAAUGAUGAUGGGAAUGGGAAGCUCUCAAGUCCCUGGAGCUGUGGAUGCUGAGACCACCAGCAGCCCUGCAGACAGGUGCUCAGCUCCCACCAGCACCAGGAUCCUCCAGGAUUUUGAUACCUUGCCAGGGACCCUCUGGGGAUGCUGCUCAGGGUGGAGAACAGCUCAGUGGUGCUCCAGGGACACACACAGGGACGCUGGUGGGUUAUCAAGGCCUGUGGACAUGGGCUUGAGCCCCUCACAGCAGCUGGAGCUGCUUUUCUUUGAAUGGAUCAUCUUUUAGUGCAUCUCCCGCCUCCAUCCACGAUUGCCCUGGUGAGCUGAGAGGGAGUGGCUGGAGUUCCAGUGCAGCUGGAGCAAGAGGAGCACGGAAAUGGCCACAACACCAUCCCCAGCCUUGGAAAAAGGGACUGCAGUGAUGACAUCCCACCUCUCUCCUCUGAAUCCCCCCUCCUGCUUUAUAUCCCAAUUUGUUUAGGGUAUUACCCCAAAUGUUUAUCCCAAUAAACCCAAAAUAAUCCCAAGUUAUUAUCCCAAUAAACAUCCCCUUCCUUUGGAAUUUUCACCUUUAAAGUGCCACAAAGACCUGGCACCAACAGCAAGGGCAAGGGAAUCGUGACUUCCAUAGUCCCAGGACUUAGGUUUUUUUUUGUUAAAAAUGAAGACAUUUUACAAAUGUUUUGGAUUUACCUUUAUAAGGAACUGCUGCCUUCAGGUCAUGUGUUUUGGGUUGUUUCUUCUUUAAAUACAAUAAUUUAUACGUGUCUUUUUAUUUAAACUAAAAGGCUGCAAGAAAGAUUUAAAGACUCUUAAAGAAAAGAAAACCUCACUUUAAAAAAAUCACUUUACAUCCCAGAUCCUGUCCCAAAGGAGAAUGUGGGAGAUGCACGUUCAGGGACCUCCUUGGUGGAGACUAAAGGGGCAGAGAGGGCAAUGAUGCUGCCAGACCUUGGAAGGAGGGAUAUUUUCAGCCCAAAGGGUUACAGGCAUCCCAGGAGGGAUGUGGGCAUCCCAGGACUCUCCUCACCCUGGGGGCCUGCAGCAGCAUACACAGCAGAGGCCUUAAAAACUCAUCACUCAGGUGUUCUCCGAGCUGCUGCAGGACAUGGAGGAACAAAAUAAGGGUUGUUCAAAUUUUGUAUUUCACUACAGGGAAUAUUUAUUUUAAAGUAAGAAAACAGAGGAGGGGGAGAAAGACUCUACCCAAACUGUACUUAUUGUAGCCAAAAGGUGUGUUUGCUACUGGGGGAUUUCUGUGGGUGCCUUCCUGGUUUUCUGUGGGGCUGUGGAUGGGAUGGGUAAGGGGGAUGUUGCUGUUCUCACUCCCCCUCACCACUCAUUGUGCACAGGGAUUUGGGAAGCGGUGUUUGUUAAUAAUGUUGUUGUUUUUAUAACAUAUAUAAUGUGCUGGGGAAGAAAGUUCCUUCCCUUUAUUUAAUUUUUUUGUAAGAAUAUGAAGAGUUGCCUCACCUGGUUUAAAAGAGUUUGGCUUGUUUCCAGACAUGCCCUGCUUCUGUCUCUGCUUCCCAGUGUGGGCACAGCAGGACCCUCCUGGGGCUGGAGGCUCCCCAGAUCCCACACCCGUGCACUUGCCCACUCCUCCCUGCAACAAGCCACGAGUGCUGUGUCCAGCCCCUCUGUGCCAGCACUGGAGGCUGGAUCCAGUGUCCCAGGUGCCAUCACAGGAGCACAUCCCAGCCUCCACAAAGCCCCUGCAUGACAGCCUGGGAAGAGGCUGCUGGUGGAUGUCUGAGCAUCAGAAACUGGGCAGGAGAGUGUGGGGUGCUCAGGGGUGCAGCCUGGGCUGACCCAGUGGGGGUCCCUCUGCCUUGGGAGCCUCUGUCAGGCACAGAAUCUGCCUGAUCCCAAAGGCCAAGUGCUGCAAUCCACACUUUUCAGCCCCAAAUAGUAGAGCCCAGCAAGUGAACACUUCCACAACCUCACAAACAGGGUGUUCUGGGGAGCAUCAGCAGCUUUGGGGAUCAUCCUGCCUGGAGGGGCAGGCCCACCCCCAGCUUCUGCUGCCAAGGGCUCAGUGAGGAGCAGAGGGAAGCUGAACCCCCUCCAGCUGCACCUGGGGGAGUGCAGAUGAGUUUGUGUUAAUUGGGAGCAGCUGGAAUGGAGCCACAUCCACCCCACCUUGAAAACCAGAUAAAAGCCAGGCCUUGGCUGGACUUCGGUGUUCUCUUCUCCAGGGGUGCUGCUAGGUGAGGGGUACUGGUGGGCUUGGCCCUCCUUGGGGAGGUUUCCGGGGACAGGGGGGGUGUUUGGGGCAGGGGCUUGAGGUAAUGUCUGAGCCUGGGGCUGCUUACAACUGUGUACUGCACUGGGAGCUUCCCAGGAGCUGCUGAGGCUUGGCACAGGCUUUCCUGAGCGAUGAGACCGCUGAGAAGGAAGAUGUUUUAAUAAGGAGUUCUGGGGAUGGGAAGCUUGGGAAUGGGGCAGGCACUGGGAUGUGGGAGCUGCAGAGACCCACCCUAAAUCUCCUGCUGUCCCUCUCCACAGCUGGGCUCUCACCGUGGCCUCUCCCAAGAUGAGCCGAGGGGUUGGACCACCAAGCCCCCCGGAGGCUGCUGCCCUGCGGCUGGGAACGCUGCUCCGAGCCCAGAGGGAAGGGGCUGCGGGCACAGCGCUGUGUCCCACUGCCUGCGGGGCUGUCCCUGCCCACAGGCUGUGGUGUGGAGCCUUCCUGCUGCUGGCCGUGUGUGUGUGUGCUGCUGCUGUCCCCUCCGGCCUGGGUGCUCUGGCUGCUGUCACCUGGGCUCCCCUGGGCCCGUCAGCCUCCCAGCCAGGGCUGAGUGAUGGUCUGGUGACAGCACGUGGGGACCUCCUCACCUCGGUCCAAGGAGCUGUGACCCCUGGGACAGGUGCUGGGGGACAGAGCCUGGGGACACGGACUGCGGCCACACGGAUGUCUCAGACCUGCCUGCAGCAGCAGCCCGGAUCUGGGGACAGGGAAGAGCUCAGGCUGGGCACGGUGCCACUCCGUGGGGCAGCUGCAGGGUCUCAGGUUCCCCCUGGAGUCCCCACAUGGACCCCUAUGGAUGCUCACUCCUGGAGCCCCAGCACGGCAGAGCAGGCAGCGGCCUCUGCUCUGCCAGCACAAGGGACACUCAGCUCGGCUGAGCUGCACCCUGAGGGGCUCUGGGGCACUGCUGGCACUGCCCUGCCUGGGAAAGCUGCUCCCUUGGUGGAUGCUGUGUUGGCCCAGGUCCCAGGAAAUGGGUCUGGGCUCCUGGAUGCAGUCCUGGCAUCACUUCCUACCACUGCAGCAGCUCCUGGUGCCCACAGUCAGGACAUGCUGGCUUCCUCCCUUCCCACAGCAGCGUCUGGGGCUCCUGCUGUCACCUUGGGGACACGGACUGAGUGGCCUUCUCCCCCUGCACUGUCCACUGCAGCCUCCCCAGCUCAGACCAGGGCUCCCAGCCCUGCAGGUCCCACCGUGACUGAGAUGAGCUCCACAGCCACUGGUGCCAUCCCAGAGCUUGGACAGAUGUUUGUGAUGGAAGCAUCCAGGCACAGCAAGCCCAGAACAGCAUCAGUGGCAGCUGCUCCCACUCCAGCAGGAGCUCUGGGGCCCACCCCUGCCAGCCCAGGCUCUGUCCCCUGCUCCACAAACCCAGCUCUGGAGCAUGGCUCUGAGCCUGGGCACCACGCUGUCACUGCCAGCAGUGUGACAUCUCCAUCCUGCCUGCCCACUUCUCCUGGAGCUGGGCAUGCAGCCUGCUCCCUGCUCAGCUCCCAGACCCUGCCUGUGCCUACAGAAGUGACCCUCAAUGCCCACCUCAUGUCCAGUGGCUCCAGCGCUUCCCAGCACUCCUCCACAGCCAUGGAACAUCUCCCUGCAGCCACCAGAGAGGCCUUCAGCCCAGCUGAGCUGAUGACAAAGGGUGUACCUGGCUCCACAGGGACAAAGCCCCCUGCAUCCCACCCCUCCAGCCUCCCCUUUCCCACACGGCCUGUGCACGUGCUGCCCUUGCAAUUCCGACUGCUGGGAAUCACUUACACCCUGGCUCUGGGCAGCAGGAACUCGGAGAGCUACCAGCAGCUGGAGGGAGAUGUGAGACUCAUGCUAAACCAGAUGCUGUCCAGCUACGAGAGCUUCCUGCAGGCAAAUGUCCUUGAGUUCAUGAAUGGCUCUGUGGUGGUGCGAGGGGAGGUUUUGUUCCGGGGGGAUGUUCCUGCUCCCACCAGCUCCCACCUCAUCCGGACAGUAGUCACAGAGGCAAGCAAGGGAAGGAGCAUCUUCAGCUGGCAGCUGGAGCCCCAGUCUGUCCAGUCUGGUGGCUUCAGCCUGGAGAACCUGGACCCGGAGAAGCUGUCCAUCUCCCUCACUGGCUCCCAGCUGGGGAUGAGCAGGAUGGAUCUGCUGGAGAGGCUGGUCAGUGAGAUAACAUCAUCUGUCAGUGCCCUCUACCACGUGAGGAACUUCACCAUCUCCCAGCUCAGAAACCUCAGUGGGAACACGGAGAUCACUGGAGACCUCUACCUAGACACAGUUGUUCAUGCUGACACUACAGAGAUUCUGGAAGCCCUGACUGCACUCUCAGACCUCUCCAUGGACCUGACCUCCCUCUCGGUGGAGGGGUCCAAGCUUGGUCUGAAUGUGUACCCUCUCUCCUUCCUCGUCACCAACAGACAAUUCAGCCAGAAGCUUCAGGAUCCACUCUCUGAAGAGCACCACAACCUCUCCAGGGACCUUGGUGAUGCGGUGAUGAGAGCCCUGAAGGAUUACCCAACCCUCCUGAAAGUGAUCAUAAAAGAAUUCCUGCCUGGCUCCUUGAUCUGCCACGGGAACAUGAUAUUCCAACACCCUGCUCCAAGCAGCAUGGAAGUUUUGGCAACACUUGUGCUCUCAGUUGGGCCAAACCAGGCUUUGGCUGACUCAGACAUCCAUGUGGAUCCAUUCUCCCUCUCUGUGGGAGAUGACACCUUGGAACGUCCCUCGCCCGAGCCGGGCUUCCCAGCCUAUGGAGUGGCCCUCAUGGUCAUAGGUGGCCUCUGCAUCAUCAUUGCACCCGUCGUGCUUGUGUGCCUGGGGACCAAGAGGCUGGGCUGGCAGGAUGGAAGAGCCCUUUGGGACAGAAGAGACCCUGAAGUGGGGAUCCAGACAUUAGAAAUGGAUAACCAGGGGUUCUGGACAGAGGACCCUGAGGAUGGUCACAUGGAGUGGCAAAGCACCUCUGCCUGAGGAUAGAAGAAGCAGCUGCUGGGGGGAGCUUGGAGAGGGGCUGUAGGUGGGAAGGAGAUGCUGAGAAGCUCUCCCUGACCAUCUGGCAGCAGCUGCCAGGUGCUCCCUGAGCAGAAUGCAGACCCAGGUGUGUAAAGGAAUAAUUUUGUAUCUGAAAUAAACAUUUGUAGACCGUGAAACCCAGUUGUGAAGGAUGUGUGUCUGCUGUGGAGGUGCUGUUGAACCCUCUUCCCUUUGUGGGCAACCAGCCUCCCUCCUGGGCUCCCAGUACCACCACAGCCAGGUGCUUCUGCUCUAACUGGUGCCAGCAUGCUGGGCUUGGUCCUCUCUAGCUCUGGGCUAACAACCCCACUGUUGGCGAGUUAAAAAAGCAAGAAUCUGCAUGCCCGCCCCACAGUCACUUUUCCAGCUCCACGGUGCUUCUCCUUCCAGCACACUGGAUUUUAUUUCAGAUCCUGGCGUGUUUGUUCCAGCCCCGAGCCUGCUCCCCCAGGCUUUACCUGAGCCCCAGCCCUGCCAGCAGCUCCUGCUGUGCACGCUGAGCGCCCCAGGGUGUUUAUUUCAGAUUAAGCUGGGUGCUGCUUUGCCUCUGGCUCUGCAGGCCCUAUCCCAGCCUCAGUGCCACCAUCGCUAUUUUGCCUCUCCCUGACCACAAGUUUUACUUCACCUUCAGCACCGCUGUCUCUAUCUCAGGUAAGCCGAGGGCUUUUAUUUCAGCUCCACAAUCAGAAUUUUACCCCCAGAUCAGCGUCGUUUCCCCACAAUCUUUAUAAACCCUUCAAUGGGAUCCCAGCUCUACUCACCUCACCUCCGCUCUCACAGAACUUUAUUUCCCUGCCCGCUGUGCCCCUUCCCCCUGCGGCCCGGUGCAGCUGCUUAUGCAGCAGACCAGGAUCUCUAGUUCGGGUUGAGGUCUGUUAAGCUUCAGCCGCAGCUCUGAGCUCCACAUUCCCGCUCCGGCCCUGUGGCCGUGGGGCCGGGAGAGCGAGUGCGGGCCCGGGAGAGCGAGUG